UCCCACAGGCAGGGUGGUAGCAGUGAACAAAUCCGUAGAAUGCCAACUCAGGUCGUCUGUUCAAGUGACACAGUGUCACAGCUCAGAAUAUAUGCAAGGCAGCUCCACACAAUUAUUGAAGAAUACCAAGAACUCAUCAACUCUCAUGUUGUAGAGUUCUUCGUAAAGAAUCGAUGGGAGGUAUUACCGAAGUCCUGGCAAGCAGCCCUUGAUGGCUUACCACCAGAUAUCAUGGCUAAUCAGUUACUAGAUCAUGAGAUGCAUCAGCCGCCACAGACUGUUUGGCCAUUGUCCCUCUUGGCAUACCGUGCUGCCACACAAGCCCUGGCACUAGACACGACCCCAACGGCCGGUGAUUCCCUCAGCAUUAAAAUGGACCCAGCCCUGAAACCAAUCGAUCUACUAUGCAGACUACAUGUCAAAGCGAAGAAGAAACAUGAAAUCUUACGCUUGGCCGAGGUGAUCAAUUCUGCAACCAGGAAAGCAGGAACUGAGAGGGUUGUUGAUGUAGGAUCAGGCCAAGGUCAUCUAUCAAGGUUACUCUCCUUUGGUUAUGGUCUCAAGGUAACCAGUAUUGAGGCUGUUGGUUGUCAUUUGACAGGUGCAGCUAAGGUAGACAAGAAAAUAAAGACCAUUAUCCAGAAGAGAAUAGAAAGGCAAUCUGAACAACCUGUCGAGAGUAUUCCCCACACACUUCCACAGCAUGUAGAAUGCACUGUUCACCCCCAGAUAACCCCUGAAGAGUUCCUUGAUGUCAUAAACCACCAAUCAGCUGUAAGCAAUGACUCGGACCAGUGCAAGAAGCACAGAAAGGAGGGUGCAGCUCAUUGUGCCGAGGGACAAAACCUUGAGGUCCUGUCACCUGUAGAGGAGUCUACUGAAGCACCUACCAGUCUUGAUCACUUCUUAGAUAUACCUCCACCUAUGGGGCAUCCAGAUCAUGAUCCAACGAAAGAGUCCAGUAAUGCUUGCCUUGAUAUGGUCAAUGAAAGAUCAACACUUCAUCAGUUGGUGUCAGAGGAUAGAGGCUCUGAUGCGUUUGUGCUAGCUGGCCUGCAUACAUGCGGUGACUUGGCCCCGACGAUGUUGAGAGUGUUUUCCAAGUGUCCCCAGGCCCAGGCUCUGACCUCGGUUUCGUGCUGUUACAUGAAGAUGAAAUGUGCGCUACCUGAAGCAGUUCCAUCGCCACCUGCAAAUUCCUUGGAACCUGUUCAAAAUGGCGACUUGAGAAAGACGAUCCAUUCAGAUUCUUUGCAAGAAUCCCCCAUACUAACUGAGAGCCACGACAGACUGGAAUUUCCAAGAGAAAAAUCAGACUCAGAUAAUAACAGUUAUUCAAUGGAUGAUUAUUCGACACUGAAUUCAAAGGGUUACCCCAUGAGUAAGUUUGUUCAGAGUCUUGGUGGGAAAAUCAUCGAGUUUACAGCUAUGGAACUAGCCUGCCAUUUCCUUGAAAGCUACCACAAGCGGUUAAAAGCCUCAGAUGCCAACCUGAUUCUCCAUGGGUAUCGUGCAACCUUAGAAGUCAUCAUACACGGCUUUGAUCCCGGGAUGACCCAGUCUCACUGGGGCAUUUGUAGAAUCAAGAAAGCAGUGGCUAGUGUCAGAAAACCCCACCUCAAGACAUUUCAAGAGUAUGCUUCUGGCGUGCUUGGUGCUCUGGGCAUUCCAUGUGAAGACCACCGCCUAGCAGAACUGGAAGAAAUAUGCCGACCGGAAUGGACCAAUGUCAUCACUUUCCAUGUGCUUCGUAGUAUGAUGGGUCCCAUAGUAGAGAGUUUACUAUUGCUGGAUAGGGUCCUCUAUCUCUUUGAUCAAGGUAUAGAGAGCAAACUUGUUCCUGUAUUCGAUGCAAGUAUUUCUCCACGGAACUUUGCACUGGUGGCGAUAAAGGAUGAUGACCAUAUUAAGCUGAGUUCUACAAAUCUUAAAAGAUGAUAGAUGUUAUCACAUUUGUGAACAAUCUUCAAAUAAUUACUGCUUCUCUUUAAUAAUACUGAUGUACUUGACAGCCAUAAAGCCUAUGUUGUAUUCUGGUAAAUAUGCCAAAAGUGCAUCCAUGUAUUUGACUUAUUACAAGAUUAUAUAAACUUGUAUGCCCCAAAAUUGGUUAGGAGGUGAAGGAUAUAAAGGAAAGGGUGUGUUUCAUUGGAUAGAAUCUUAGAUUUCAUAUCAGAAUUCACUCUAAUCAUCUGCCUGAUUGGACUUGAAAAUUUAAGGCUAUAUAUUUUUUUUAGCUUGCUUUAAUAUAUUCAGUUGUAAAUUUUGCAAAGUCAAUGCUCAAAGGGCUAUUUAUAAAUGAAGUUAAAAUCAUUAUCAAGAGAAGGUGCUAGAUGCCAAAUUUUAAUUCUGAUGGUUAAAAAAAGGAAACAUCAAAUGACCACCAGACUUCUGUAAUAUUGGAAUGUAAGAUGAUGCUCAAGUACAGGUUUGGGCUCAAUUACAGUACUUUCUUCAAUUACAAUAUUGAAGAUUUAAUUACAAUUAAUUUUCAACUAAAUUACAUGUUUUUUUUAAAUUACAAUUAUCAAUUACUUUUGUCAGUUACAAUUACUUUCUAUAUAAGUCAUGAAUGAAAUCAGUUUGUAUUCUGUAUGUACUAGCACCACAAUUUCAACGUAAUUCUACGCUACGGAGAAACUGACAAAAUUAAUGUUUAUGUUUAACUAAACAAAGAGCGUGGAUUAUGCCUAUUACACUCUUAGAUGCUGAAGCAGUUGAUAAAGAAAAGGUCAUGAAAUUAAAUCAUAAAAUUAGGUAUCAAUAAGUUUAUUGUAAAGUAAAUGAAAGUAAUUAAAUGUAAUGAAAGGAAACUAAAACCCAAGAGGAGGAGCAAUCUUAUUGGAAAGAGUAAAAUGAGAGGAACAAUUUAAAACAAGUUUCAUCAAAAUGGAUUGUGAAAUAA